GGGCAGGGGGCGGGCCGCCCGAACCCGGAAGCAGAGUAGCCCACGUGGGAGCCGGGGAGGGGCGGCCUUGGUUAGGCUACCUGGUUGUGGGUAGUCUAAGUCGAGAAUCCAGGCUAUUCGUACUCUGAGGGGGCGAGGUAGAGACGGCCAUCGGGUCUCCUUCGCCAAUGUUGGGGACCCGGAGCGGGCCGCGGCGGGAGUGACCAAUCCUGAUGACGUAGCAGGGGGCAUCGACCAUGGCACUGCUCUGGGCCGUCAGGGGCGCGACCUCGCGGUUUUCGGGUCGCCUGCUCGCGCGUCAUUCCUCUCAAGCGGCGAGGCGUGGGGAGCGGCCCGGAGGGGAGGAGCUAAGCCGCCUGCUACUGGAUGACCUGGCGCCGACCCCGCGAUCUGCGGAGGGACUGGAGCGUCUGUUUGGCCUGUCCCCUUGUCUCCUGGCUCUGCGAGCUGCUCGUCGCCGCGUGGCCAGGCUUCUGCUCCAGGCUGGCAGGUCAGGGUUGCAAGGGGAGCGGGCCGAGCUGCUCCGGGCGGCAGAGGCGCGUGACAUACCAGUUCUGCGGCCCAGACGGCAGAAGCUGGACGCCCUGUGCCGCUACCAGGUCCACCAGGGCGUCUGCAUGGAGGUGAGCCCGCUUCAGCCUCGGCCUUGGACUGAGGUCGGGGAGGCGAGGCCAGGCGACGACCCCCGGCAGCUGUGGCUCGUCCUCGAAGGGCUCCAGGAUCCCCGGAACCUUGGGGGCGUGCUGCGUUCUGCUCAUUUUCUCGGAGUGGAUAAAGUCAUCACCAGCGGGAGAAACAGCUGCCCACUCACUCCAGUAGUCAGCAAAGCCAGCGCGGGGGCUAUGGAGGUGAUGGACCUGUUCUCCACUGAUGACCUGGCCGGUUUUUUACAGGCCAGAGCCCGGGAGGGCUGGCUCGUAGCUGGCACAGUGGGCUGCCUGGGGCCUGAGAUUUCCUCGUUCUCUGAGAUCCCUGUCACUAGCUGCUUGGAGUUCCUCUGGGACCAGCCUACUGUCCUAGUGCUGGGUAAUGAGGGCUCUGGUCUGUCCAAGGAGGUACAGGCCUCCUGCCAGCUUCUCCUUACAAUCCUGCCUGGCCGGCAGCUGCCCUCUGGACUUGACUCCUUGAAUGUCUCCGUGGCUGCAGGAAUUCUUCUUCACUCCAUUUGCAGCCAGAGGAAGGGUUUCUCUGCAGAGAAGAGAGAGCAACUUCUCUAAGACCCGCAAGGAACCUCAGCCACAUCAGCAGGGCCCAGAGUGGCUCAGCACCCAGGACUGUCCUCAGAACCAGAACAAGAGAGGCAUAAUGGGGGCUGACUUGGACUGUCUGAGGUGUGUGUGCUAGAGGGCACACACAUCCACAUGAUCGAAUAUACUGGAGUCUCUUGCCUGAGAGUUCACCCAGGCCCCUGUUUAUUAGGCACUAUCUUGUAGGGCAGGAAGCUCUGCGAUGGAGACCAAAGGAAAGUUCAGUUUCCUGUUUUGAUUUUGGACUUGCGGUUGGAAGUGGCAGCUUGUUAGUCUCCAAGAUUGUGCUGGGACAGAGGGUCUCUUUCCUCCUGGGCCCUGCCUGGAAGUCAAGACAUACAAAGGGAAUUGGGCAGCCUAGUCCAGGUGUCCUAUUCCUCUUGAACCAGUGUGAGAAUGUAGAGGAAGUCCUCGUUCCUCUUGUGGACUAGACGGGUACAAAUCCAGGCUCCAACCCUGCCUGCCCCAGUGGGGGCCUUGAGCACGAGGCUUCAUCCUGCUGUCCCUCACAGGGCUCUUUGUGAGGAUCCAAUAAAAUGUCACCUGGGCCAUCCUGUCCCAUUCUUCCACUA